AUGUCGGACGAGUGUAUCGCUGCCGUUAACGAACUCCGAUCCCGAAGAGACGCAGACAAGCCUCGCUUCGUCAUCUUCAAAAUUUCGGAUGAUGAACGCGAUGUUGUCGUGGAGGAAAUCUCUCCAGAGAAGGACUAUGAGUUUUUUCUGACGAGACUAUCAUCUGCCGUGGAUCCCAAGGGGAAGCCCGCCCCGCGUUACGCUGCUUACGAUGUCGAAUACGACCUUGGUGACGAAGGCAAAAGGGUCGCAACUGUCUUCACUGCCUGGGUUCCUGCUGGCACAUCGAUCAAGUCGCCACUAACAGAACGUCAAGUCUCGCAUGCGAUACGCGAGUACAAAGGGACAGCUACACAAAGCUCUCAAUAUCGGUAG